CCACAAGACAAGAGAGGUGAACAAACAACCUGGAGUUACAGGUACGUCUGGGGAGUAAGUCAAGCCUUUCCUCUGCUGUGGCUUCUUUUCUGGGCGCUGCACACGUGCCCAGAGGAUUUGUGCAAUCCAUCACUGUUGCCAGUGAAGGUUUCCAUUAUAGCAGUCACAGACGGCUGAGCAGAGGAGGAUAGUCAUGCCGACUGUUGGAGCAACAGGCAGCAGGGGACGACUGAGCAGCAACACAGUCUACAAUGUUUCACAUUAGAGGAUGUAUAAUGCAGGCACUGUGAACUUCACUUCUCACCUCGGACAUCCCAGUGGGACAGGCUUCACAGCAAACCAGAGACCCGCCAUAUUUUAUAGGCCCAGUCUGGACCACAUUGACAACCCUCAGUUUGGACUCCUGUUAUCUGACAGCUUCAUGUCUCAAACUAAACGACACUACCAGCCUCACAUCCGGUCUGACUGUUCAGGGUGUUUGCCGAACCUCGUUAACAAACCCAAAGAGAGCGGCUUCUAUCAGCUGAGGAAUCAUCCGAAAACUGUGACUGAGAAGGAGAAGACAGAAUACCAAAGAUUGUUUGUGCCUCAUCGUCUCACUGUUGUAGUGUCCCAGAACUAUGUGACUGUGGGUCCAAAAGGAGAAAGUGGUUUCACUGAGGGAACAGACCUUCAACUAAACACAUUUCAGGAGAAAAAAAGUUGCAUGGUUGAACCUCACCAGACUCACAGCUCAGUGAUGAAAAGUGACUUCAUUCAGCCGUCAUUUCUGCAGGGCACUGAGGCAGGAUCGAGCCUGUGUAGCCACUCUGCUCGAGAAACAAGAUUCACUCAAGGUGCCAUCGCUCCCUUGGCCUGCUCGGCCUCCCUUCUGCCAUCACCCCACACUAAAAAUAAUACACCGACUGAAAAGACCAUUGGAAAAAAGGAGCCCACAGGGUUUCUUCUCAACGCUCCAAACAACCAGACUUUCCCUAAUGCACCUUUUGUUUGUUCACACUUCACUACACAUUACAAGAGCAUGUUCUGUCAUCAGAAUGAAUAUGUAAAGUUGAAAUCUGGCCACGCUUGCACAGGGAUCAUCGGUGUAAAAAUGGACAACGGCUACAAUCUGCUACAAUCGUCGAGACAUGGACAGGUUCAUCUUUAGAGGCUAGACCUUCACACACCUGCGUUGGUACCUGCACGGCCUCAUCACAAAAAUAACAUUUCACGUUAACACAGUGCUCUGGUUUACUUUACUCUAAAAUAGUUUGUGUAGAAAUAAAAACUGGAUGUGUGAGUAA